AUGUCUGGACGAACGUCUGUGCUGAAGAACAUCAUGCUGUUAAUCAAGGAUGUACCCAAAUCAGUAAAAUUCUAUUCGGAGGGAUUGGGAAUGCAAGUAAAUCAUGUGUCUGAACAUUGGGCAGAAUUGCAAUCGGGACAAAUUAAAGUUUGUUUAAACAAAGUAGAAGGUGAAGCUGCAUGCACAACUGGAUAUUCUCCUUUUCUUUGUUUUGACGUUACACAAAUGGAUAAAACCAUUUAUAAAUUAAUUGAAAUGGGAGCCGUUCUUGAUGGUCCAAUUAAAUAUCCAGCUCAUGGAAAAGUUGCUUCACUCCGCUCUCCUGAUGGCCACAUGGUGGGUCUGUUUGAGCAUGCAGAACACUUAAAACAACAGGAAUAA